UAGGCGUGGUUGAGCAGCUCGUCUGCGGCGCUUCAAGUUAAUAACGUGAGAUGCAAGUCACCCUGACUUCUUGAUUAUACGGUUGUCACGUAGUAAGUGGAGAAGGCGUGUUGCCGUUAGCUAGCCCACGUUGAAAAGCCGCAAGACUCGGUGAGCGAUAAACGCGCCUGGUUUGCUGUUACACCGGACGACGCAGUUUAGCCAACUUGUUAGCAGGACGGUUAACGUAGGAACCCACAUGGACUCUCAACACACCGAGGCUAACUUAAAUAAUGCAACGACGCUGCUGAACCAUGCCACAACUCUGAAGCUGCAUACGGGGAAUUUGGUAAACCGAAGUCGUUUAAAAAAGAAAUGUCCAUCCUCUCCAAGCGAGGAGCUUCAAGACUGUAUUCGAGCCACACUGAGUGACUGGUUUUCCACGACACCAUCAGCUCCUCAGGAGCUCCCAGAUACACUGGACUGCUCAAUCCCUCAGGCUGCAGAUGCCAUCACACCUGAGGAGAGGGAGGAGUUGAAAGUGUCUGUCAAGCUGUUCCUUUGUCAAUCUGAUGAGUCUUCUAUCAGAGCUGCAGUGGAGAUGGCCUGCCAGAUGCUGGCAGUGUCCCAACUAGACUCAGUUAUUAUAGCACCCCCUGGACUUCCAGAGGGUGACAGCCAAACCUUGGCUCACCUUCAGCCAGCCUGGGAGGAGUUGGAGGCUUUGGUGAGGACCCAGAAGAUUGCAGCCAUUGGCACCUCGGACCUGGAUAAAGACCUACUGGAGCAGCUUUACAUCUGGGCUCAGGUAAAGCCCAGCAGUAACCAGGUGAACCUGGCCUCUUGCUGUGUGAUGCCUCCGGACCUCACAGCCUUCGCCAAGGAAUUUGACAUCCAGCUGCUCACACACAAUGACCCUAAAGAGCUGAUGUCUGUGGCUACAUUUCAGGAGGCACUCCAGGAGAGCACACAGGACCUGAGUGUUGCCGACUGGAGGCUGGAGUGGGUGCUGCGCUACUCCAUCAUUGUCAAAAGCCGGGGCAUCAUCAAGGCGAAGGGCUACCUUGUCAAUGCCCAGAAAGCUAGCCCCUAGCAGAGCCAGAACACAGAGGGAGACAAAGGAGAUGAAGCCAUUUUCCUCCUUUUCAUUUACACAUGCAAAGUGAUUUUUCUUUGAAUAAUGGAUGCCUCUGUUCAGCCUAGCUUUGCUGAGACAUUAUUUUUCUUUUGGUUUUCUUUUAGAUGUAAAUGCUAAAUGUUGAAGUGGCAUCUUGAUCAUUUUUGAAAUUUUCACCUAAAAUGAAUGUAAGUAGCAACCUCUUGUACAGUUAGAAAAUGGGAAAUGGACACAAGCUCUGUGUCAGUUGUAGUUUUUUCUUUAAGCACAUUUAGUAGAUUUUACUUGGCUAUGUGUGACAUCAUGGGCAGAAAUUGUCACCUUCCCAGGUGUGACUGAGUCAUGACCCAAGAAUUUUUUAUUUUUUUUAGUCUAACUCCUCAACACUUCAGUGGAAUCAUUAUUUUAUUGGCAAGAUAUAGGUAGCUUAAUAUAUCAUCCCACAUGUUCCUUAACCAUGUCCUCAUGUGAAGUGCCUCGUUUCCCCUGCUUCAUCUCCCAUCCCCAAAUCUUUAUUUCAGUGCAGGUGUUCAAAGUUUGGGGUCUGAAUGAAAAAAAUUGUAAGGCUUGAUUUCACAGAAUGAAUAAAAGAGCUCAACUCUCAAAAUUAUUCCAUACCUGUUUGAAAGAGAAAGCAGACCUAUUAUUGAAUGUUUCAAGUAACAUUCAAAAUGGAUAUUUAGUUUGACAGUUUUUUCUAUAGUUUCUAAUGGUUAAAGUCAGAAUUUCUAAUGCAAUGUCAUUCUUACCUCCUUUAUAUUAAAACAUUUGCAUUCCUUAGUUAAGAGAAAAUAGUGGAGGUGAAAUCCAACUAUAGAUAAAGCAUAUUUUAGAUACAGCAUAGGUACACUUAAAUUUGUUCACAAGCGCACAUAAUGAACUUUGUGAUGUUAUUUUAACAUGCUCUUGUGAACCUGCUUUGUGCUUAACCCAAUGAAAUGCCCCCUUCAAAUAUGAGAUUAAUUUGGAGGAUGCCAAAAUAGCAAUAUCUUAAUUCUGAUGUACAUUACCAGCAGAUGGACGCCUUUAUGCAUGUUACAGCACUGGGAAUUCCAGGUCAACACAUAAUGAAAGUUGACUCUAAGGAAGAUUUUCAUUGCGUUUUUUAUUUUUUUUCUCCCAUUGAGAAAACAUGACUAUAUUUCCUGAAAGGCUCCAUCAAGCCUCAAACUUCUAUCUUGUACUGUAAACAUAAUAUAUUUAAUGUUAUGUCUGUAUUUCAUGAAUGGGCUUUAUUAAAAUUAUCAAACAGAUGCACUACAGCCUUGACUGUCCAAGUCGGUGCUCUGUCAGACGGGGGCGGGCUUCUCUGCUUACUUUGGUUUAAGUUACAGCUUGGUUAACUGAUCUCACACAACUUUCAAUGCUGUCUCAGCGAGCCCCCCCCCCCCCCAUGAAUCUGGUGAACGUGAUGUCCACAUAAGCACAAUCAAAGAGGUGAAAACUCGAGUGUAUCAAUGACGGUUGGACCGUUUAAUUACAAGAAAUAAUAAAGA